AUGGGGCCGAGGGAGGGGGAGAGGCCGCGGCGGGGCUGCGGCACCGCGAACCGGGCACCGGAGCCGAGCCCCCAGCGUGCGGGGCCGGGGGGCGCCGCCUGCACCAUCCGGGGGCCGGGGGUCGCGGAGGGCGGGGGGCUGAGCCCGGGGGUGGAGGAAGGCGGCGGCGUGGCCCCGGGGGUGCAGGAGGCGGGGGGCUUGGCGGAGGGGGUGCAGGAAGCGGGGCUGGGAGCCCGGGGCCAGGAGCUGGUGACCGGCGGGAGGGCACCGGAGGGCGGCGGCGGAGGGGCCGGGCGGCCGGGGCAGUGGCAGCGGGUGCUGCUGGGGGUGCGCGCAGGGCUGCAGGAGCGCGGAGACCGGCCGGUGCCCACCGUGGGCACCAAGCCCCCGCCGGGUUUGAGGCGCCCCCGCGAGCAGCAGGGGGCUCCCAGGGGGCGGCCGAGCCCCGGCGAGCUUCGGGUGGGCGUGCGGAGGGCGAGGGGGGCCGAGGGGGGCAGCCCCGGGGCCAGGAGGGUCCGGGCGGGUGGGCGCGGGGUGCAGGAGCGCGGCCCCAAAGCGCGGCAGGAGCAGGGCCCGAGCCGCAGGGCGCAGCAGGAGCGGGGCGCCCGCAGGGACAGCGGCAGCCCCCCAGGGCGAGCCCGCUGGUGGGUGCGCAGGGGUCGGCAGGAGGAAGGGGAGGCGCUGGGUGGGGUGCAGGAGGAGGGCGAGCACUACCGCGGGGAGCAGGAGCAGCCCCCCGGCACGUGGCCCCCGCGACGACGCCAGGCCAGGGUGUGAAGGCGGAGACCCCGCCAAACGCGCCCCCCGCCAUGCCGCCCGCCCGCGGCCCUCCUCGCCCUGACGCCGCGACACCGGCACCGGACACCCGGCGAGGGAUGCCACGGCCGUGAGCAUCGAGGGGACCCUGCGGCCAGCGUGAGCGGAGCCCUGCCAUGGCUGCGCGGGCGAAGCCCUGACGCUGUCCUGCGUCACCGCCGGGCUCACGGGGACACCGGGACACAGAGCAGCCCUGCCAGGGGACCCCAGCAGCACGGCCACCCCGGC